CGACCCAGAUCCCAUCAGCGCCAUGAAAUGGUCCUGGAGGUGCUCCCUGAACCUGCAUGUAUGGGCUUUCUUGGCCAAGAAAGUGAAGGAGGAAAUUUAAUUGCCUUACUAACGAAUACGGAAGACUAUGAUGACAUGGAAAAGCAAUAUCAGACAAGACAGCAGCAUCAACAACAGCAGCAGCGGCAGCAACAACAACAGGAACAACACCAGACUCAGCAACAACAGCAACACCAGAAACAGCAUCAGACCCAACAACAACACCAGUCACUCCAGAGCCAGCAAGUGCAACCUUUGCAAGAACAGCAUCAGCAAGAUCGCAGCAAAAACUACAGCAUCCUAACCGACAAGGGCAAAAAAGGAAAGCAGAUUAUCAGUGGGAACUGCUGGAGUGUGAAAGAGUAAAGCUAGGCAUAAUGAGGCAGAGACUAGAGGUUGAGAGAGAAAAAGUUCAAGUAUUGAAGCAAAUAUUUAACAAACUUAGUGGCAAUGUGUCAGAGAACGAAGCAUAAUUCCAUAAAUAAUUUU